AUGGCUAUGGCUGUUCCUUAUAAACACCCUUCUUCACUGAAUUGUGAAUUGAGAAUCAUUGAAGCCAAAAACCUAGAAUUCAUAUCAACAGGGAAGUUUUUCGUUAGAUGUUAUCUCAACACAAGAAACAAUGAGAGAAUUCGUCUUAACAGUACUCGGGAGAUUCCAUCAACGAGUCAACCAUUCUGGAACGAGUCAACAUCUUUGGAAUGCUCCUCCACAGCUAACUCCUACUGUAUUGACGAAUUGAAGCAACAAAGUGUGGUGUUUGAACUUAGAUGGAGAAAUAACUCACCAAUGUUUGGUAGAUUUGGUGGGUCUAAGCUCUUGGGUAAAGCAGAAGUGUCGUGGAAAGAUGUGUUGGAAUCGUCCGAGUUGGUGGUUCAGAGAUGGGUUAGUAUUGUUCCAAGUAGCAGCAGUAGUAGUCUUGUUGUUGAAGGUUUGAAGCCACCUGCACUGCAUGUUGAGAUGAAGGUUAGAGUUCCAAACAUGGCAGCAGAGAUGAUGAUGGUGAGUAAGAGGAGAGAUGUUGCGUUGAAGAGGUGGAAGGACUGUGGGUGCAGACAUGGACACUGUUGUAAUAGUGGAGAUGUUGAGCUUUUUGCAUUAAUGGCAACUAUUGAGGCUUUUUAG